UUAUCACUUUCCCUAGUAAAUGCAUCCUUGUUUUGUUUCCACAGGCAGGUAGAUGGCAUCACUUUUUCUGUUACAAUUAUAGACUGUAGAAGGGAUUCAUUGGUGACUUUUCUCCAACCCUGGCUUGCUGAUUGGACAGUGAAAGGUCAGAAGCAGGGGCGGACUGACCAUUUGGAAACUCGGGCACUGCCCGAGGGCCCGGGGUCAGUAGGGGGCCCCAUGAGAUGCCCCUGGUACCUUUUUCAUAGGCUUUUUUGAGUUUGAGCAAGGACACAGGGGCCCCAUGAUCCCCUAUUGCCCGGGGGCCCCAUGA